GUGUUUAGUGCCUUAUCCAGAUGAUGAUCGAUGGAAACAUGAUUUUUGCAAUUAUUGACAUAUUUGGACAGUGUGGCAAUGAUGGUUUUAUUAACUCUUGAACCUCGAAGUUAGCUAAAAUGCGUCUGAUACUGGAAUACGAUCUAUUGGAUAAGGGUAAUGCCUCCCGUGGCUAGGGAGGGACGCACGAGAGCGCUGCAGUUUGCAUAAAGUGAAAUGAUAAGGAAUAAGGUGUCCGUGAGGGGCGUGAACAGCACGGAAAAGAGAAAAGGGGGAAAAAAUAGUGAAGGAUUCACCUUAGGAAGGUGCUAACUUUGGUUUUAAAUAACUCACCAUUUCUUCUUCGUCCGACUCACAGUGAAUCGUAUUGUAGUGUAGGUGCCUUCUCUUGGUACUUUCUCAUAUAUACUGCAUACUCAUUCUUCUUCUAUUGCUUAUUCGCCUCCAUGGCGCAGGGGUUAGCGUACCUAUAUAUAGUUUUGAAUACGCGGUCCUGGUUCGAAUCUCGGCUCGGGUAGUCGGCCUGCAGCUUAUCCAGUUGUUCAUCCUCCCUUUCGGGCUGAUCGAUAAAUGGGUAGGCUACCUGAGGAAACCUUGGGGAAGGUAAACUGUGAUAAGCCGGAUGUCAAGCUGGCUCUGUCUCCAGGAACAAUGUUUUCAUUGCCCACCACAGGCUAAAGGGACAAUGCGGCGGGGAUGAGCACCGAGGCCACGCGCAGCUAUAGCGAAGCGGCGCAGGCCCCAGCAGUGACGGUGGUUGUUCACAAUCUCCCGAUCGGCACUACGGCCCCUGAGCUGCGCGCCCUCUGUGAACACGUGGGCGAGGUUGUGGAGGUGGAGAUACCCAGCAGGACGGCGCUAUUUACCAAAUUUAUUUAUGGGUUUGUGAGGUUCGCGAAUCUUGAGACGUCGCGCGCAGCUGUCAAGAAGCUGAGCAGUAUUGUCGUGGGAAACCGUCACCUCAGAGCACAGAUCGCCCGCGAACAUUGGCGGAACACGAAUGAGGUCACAGUGCCCCGUGCCGGCGUUGAGGGAGGGCUGGAUGAUGAUGAUGAUGAUGAUGAGGAGGAGGAGGAGGAGGAGGAGCGAGCAGACGAAUCGACGAGGAGCGUGACGGAGAAGGUUGACGCAAAUUCAAGGCCAAGUUCUGGGGCUCAACGUUACAUCCUGCGGGAGUGUCGAUGGCAGUGGCAGCUGCAUCGCCGGCGCCACCCAAACAGAGGUGCCGGCCGGCAUGCAACCAGCUAGCUCAGCCGGUGGCGUGGCCUCGCACACUCCCUCCCACACCCUCACCACCCGCAGCCCCUCCCUCACACCAAGCAGACUCAGUGUCACUCCAGUAGCCGUGGGAGAAGGGUGUGCUGUGCUUCGUUACCUGCAGGUCAGCGCUCUACCACACGUGAACGUUCUACCUGUAGCUUCCUGUGCCGGCGGAGGGGCAGCACCGUAACGCCUUCACGUGG